UCUACUGUACAGAGACCGCAUCGAUUAGUUUGGUAUCUUCUAUUUCUAAGCAACAAUGGCCUGCCUCUACGGAAUAACAUUUCUCACAGUAACAGCUGUAAUAAUUUCAGUGAAAAUUGGUUCGCUGGAAGCCUUGCACUGCAGUUUCUGUAGUGAUCGCUUAACUUGGGAUAACUGUGAAAAAGCAGCAGUUCAGGCCGAUUGUUCCGAUGCACUUGUGAAUGCAACACACAAAGUGCUGACGCAGUACAACCCAAAUUUGGCCACCGAUCCUGCCCAAAAGGAUUUUCAGUGCUUUCGUUUGCAGUUAGAGCUAUACGUUGCAUUGAAUUUCGUCUACAUUCAAGGCUGCACCUACAGGCAGUUCAAUUUUUGCGAAGGCUGGACACAAAACGGCGCUAAGCCAUUGGAGUGUGCGAUUUGUUCUACUGGUGAUGCGAGCGAGGAGUGUAAUGAAUGGCAACCGCAUGGAAGUUCUACAUCACCCAGCAGUACGGUGACUACCCAGUCCAUGACGACGGCAGCUUCUUCGCAAUCGACAACUGUCACUGAGGAUAGUACAACUGGCAGCACGUUUUCCACGGAAUUGCCGACAACUAUUGAAGGAGAGAAUAGUGGAUCACUGCCAACUUUUGCAAGAAUAUUUUUUUGGCUGAUAUUGUUUAGGCUUAUUAUUUGUUCAAAACAGUAUUCAUAGGUCAAAAAUGUCAAAGUUAAAAUAAAUCUGUGGAAAACC